CUGUACUUGGUGAUAUUAAGCGCCAAACUCUUGCCUUCCUCCUGUCGACGGUCUGCUUCGCGUCAAUCGCUCGACGAAGCUAACAUUGACGCGAGAGAGCAAAAGCGAUCGGAGUCUGAAGAGCUACUUCAAUGGCUGCGGUGGCGUCUUGGAAACCCAUGGCCCUUAAGGCUCCCCCGGCAGCAGUGGCUACGGCCGUGCCCCGCCGAAACCUCGUCCCCACUGGUCUGAUCCACAUGAAGGUCCCCAUCCUGAGGAGCACCGGGAGGCAUCUGCUCUCCCGAGCCCCGAUCCUCUCUCGCGCGGUGGUCGACGACGACGAGCAGGGUGAGGAGGGAGGCGAGGAGCCGUUGGGCGGCGUGGCGGUGACAGAGCUCCUGGUGGCUGCGAGCGAGGUGAGCGACCUGAAGAAGAAACUGAUGGAUCUGGUGUCCGGGACGGACUGGGGACUGAAGACGUCGAGCGAGACGAGGGCGGAGAUCGUGGAGCUCAUCGGCCAGAUCGAGGCCAAGAACCCCACCCCGGCUCCCACCGACGCCCUCACUCUCCUCGACGGCAAAUGGAUCCUCGCUUACACUUCGUUCUCGGCGUUGUUCCCGCUUCUGGCGUCGGGACGCCUACCGUCGCUGGUGAAGGUGGACGAGAUAUCUCAGAGUUUUGAUUCGGAGAGCUUCACGGUGCAGAACUCGGUGAAGCUUUUGGGGCCUCUGGCGACCACUUCGGUCACCACCAGUGCCAAGUUCGAAGUCCGAAGCCCCAAGAGAGUUCAGAUCAAAUUCGAGGAAGGCAUAAUUGGAACACCACAGCUGACAGAUAACAUCGUUAUACCCGAUAAGGUGGAGUUCCUGGGGCAGAGUCUUGACCUAUCUCUGCUCGAUGGCGUCUUCAAAUCCAUCCAGAAUGCAGCAUCGUCUGUGGUUCGGACCAUCUCUGGACGACCUCCACUCAAAAUACCAAUAAACAACGCAUUACAGUCGUGGUUGCUAACCACUUAUCUCGAUGAGGAGCUAAGAAUCUCCAGAGAUUAUGCUGGUAGCGUCUUUGUGCUUACCAAGGCAAACGACCCGUGAUACCAGCAGCUCUGCGUUGAUGACCCUGCAAUUGUGUUUGUGGUGUGCAUCAAACUUAUUAUCGUAUCCCAAUUGCUGGUGGGAGAUAUAUAUAUAUAUAUAUAUAUAUAUAUAUAUAUAUAUAUAUAUAUAUAUAUAUAUAUAUAUAUAUAGUGUAAUGAUUGGGCUUAUGGAUGUCAAACAUAAGCAGAUCUUGAAGAAGAUUGUUAUAUCGUUUUAUCACAUAAGUUGGGAAUAUGUAUUGGCA